UGUAUUCCUCUUCUUCCUCAAUUCGCCCUAUUUGUUGGCGUGGAUUUGGCAGUUAUAUAUAUAUAUAUAUAGAUCGAGACGAUGAUCCAGGAGGAGCAUAGUAAGAAGAUGAAAGUGAAGAAAGGAUGGCUCGCUGUUCAGGUUGGUUUGGAGGAGGAGGACGACGACGACGGUGAUCGUGGCGCCGCCGCUCGCCGAUUUGUCAUCCCUAUCUCCUAUCUCUACCAUCCUCUCUUCCGGCGUCUUCUCGACAAGGCUUACGAAGUCUAUGGCUACCACUCCGACGGCCCUCUCAAGCUUCCCUGCUCUGUCGACGACUUCCUCCAUCUCCGGUGGCGAAUCGAGAAAGAACCCAACCACCACCAUCACCACCACCAACACCAUAGCCACCAUCAACUUCCUCACGCUUUGUUCUUUCACUGUUGAUCUCUCUCAGGCCAGGCCAGUACUGGCCUUUCUGGGAUCAAAGCAGCGUGCUUCUCUUCUUGAUUCCGUUUAAUUUCAGAGGUUGAGGUUUCGAUUAGGCUGCUUCGUAAUCCAUAUUCUGCUUGAAUUUUGAAGAGAUCAGAAAUAAGACCUCCCAUAUAUGGACUGUACAUGAAUUUAACCGGCUUUA